AGGUGAAUUCUAAACUGGUUAAGAAGAAUUGGGGAGGUUUUACCACUUCUCUCCUCCUCCUUCAAGCUCUCUUCCACAGAGAUUGAGAACGAAAACUCAAGCUUUGAAGCAUGAGGAGAUCGAUUUCUUCAAAAGCGAAGUCGUUUCUUCAUCGGAAUCUUCUCUAUUCAGGUAAUUCCGGAACUUCUCCGUCGUCGUCGUUUAGCAUUUGCGGUUUCUGUUUCUCGAGACGAGCUUAUUCUAAUGGCAGUGAUUAUCGAGAAAUGUUGAGAAAUGGGAUUCGGUUUAUGAAACUAGACGAUUCUCUUGAUCUCUUCUUUCACAUGGUUCAAUGUCGUCCUCUUCCUUCAAUUGCUGAUUUCAGUAGAUUACUAAGUGCUAUUUCCAAGAUGAAGAAGUAUGAUGUUGUGAUCUAUCUCUGGGAACAGAUGCAAAUGUUAGGGAUUCCACAUAAUCUCUGUACUUGCAAUAUCUUAUUGAAUUGUUUCUGUAGAUGUUCUCAGCUUUCUCUUGCGUUAUCGUUUCUUGGGAAGAUGAUUAAACUUGGUCAUGAGCCUAGCAUUGUCACGUUUGGCUCGUUGCUUAACGGUUUCUGUCGCGGUGAUAGGGUUUACGAUGCUUUGUAUAUGUUUGAUCAAAUGGUGGGAAUGGGAUAUAAGCCUAAUGUUGUGAUCUACAAUACAAUCAUUGAUGGUCUUUGCAAAAGCAAGCAGGUUGAUAACGCGUUGGAUCUUUUAAACCGGAUGGAGAAAGACGGGAUUGGACCGGAUGUGGUUACCUACAAUUCUCUUAUAUCUGGACUUUGUAGUUCGGGGAGGUGGAGUGAUGCUACUCGAAUGGUAAGCUGUAUGACCAAGAGGGAGAUCUACCCUGAUGUAUUUACUUUCAAUGCGUUGAUUGAUGCUUGUGUGAAAGAAGGAAGGGUUUCAGAGGCUGAAGAAUUUUAUGAGGAGAUGAUCCGAAGAUCUUUGGAUCCUGAUAUUGUUACUUAUAGUUUACUGAUUUACGGGCUUUGUAUGUACAGUCGCCUAGAUGAAGCAGAGGAAAUGUUUGGUUUUAUGGUUAGCAAAGGUUGCUUUCCAGAUGUUGUAACUUAUAGUAUUCUCAUUAAUGGAUAUUGCAAGUCUAAGAAGGUAGAGCAUGGGAUGAAACUCUUCUGCGAGAUGUCUCAGAGAGGAGUGGUUAGAAAUACAGUCACUUACACAAUUCUUAUUCAGGGUUAUUGUCGAGCGGGUAAGCUUAAUGUUGCUGAAGAAAUUUUCAGACGGAUGGUUUUUUGUGGUGUGCAUCCUAAUAUUAUCACUUACAACGUUUUGUUACAUGGUUUAUGUGAUAAUGGGAAGAUAGAGAAAGCAUUGGUGAUAUUGGCAGAUAUGCAGAAGAAUGGAAUGGAUGCUGAUAUCGUUACGUAUAAUAUCAUCAUUCGCGGGAUGUGUAAGGCUGGUGAGGUUGCAGAUGCUUGGGAUAUAUAUUGUAGUCUCAACUGCCAAGGAUUGAUGCCUGAUAUUUGGACAUACACUACAAUGAUGUUAGGAUUGUACAAGAAAGGACUACGGCGUGAAGCAGAUGCGCUGUUUAGAAAAAUGAAAGAAGAUGGGAUUUUGCCAAAUGAAUGUUACGUAUAGUGAGGCUUACUAGGACUAAGCACAUUAGCUUAAGUAUCUCAGGGAAGCUUGCAAGAUAUUUAUAUCCGGGUCAGGCUCCUACCUGUGAGAUGUUUACCCCUGGAAGCCAAUUUUGGAAUGAGCUAAUUUUAGUACCAUAGAUAUUGUUAAUAUUAGCGCGUAAGCUGCAUAGUGUCAUAGUGGAUUAUUGACAGACAUUACAGUAUCGAAGCUUGAAUUGUAUGUAUAGCCGAUUUGUCUCCGAGAGGAUGUUUGCCCUUGAAAUGAAUAACUCAGGUCCUUUGAAACCAAGUUGGAAUUCUAUGAGGAGAGCUGACUCUAUCAUAAGAAGCCAUCUUCUCAAGUGUCAUGAAUAAUCUCAGUAUUCAGUUUAUAAUUGUCCAUUCUUUCAUACACUGUAUACCAAUGUUUGUUUAUGUGUUCUUCAACAAAGUUUCUGUAACAAUUUUUUGUAUGUUACAAAGUUUAUGUA